GCUUGCUGAUCCGGGCGGCUGCAAGAUGAGCACCGCCAGGGAGUCCCAGCCUGAGCGCGGCCAUGGAGUGAAGCGAGCGGCCUCCCCCGACCUUGGAUCUAGCAGCUGGGAGGCAGCAGACCUGGGUAAUGAAGAAAGAAAGCAAAAGUUCUUGAGACUUAUGGGUGCUGCAAAGAAAGAGCAUACUGGCCGUCUUGUUAUUGGAGACCACAGAUCAACUUCUCAUGUAGGGGAAGAAGACAAGAAAAUGAAUGAUGAGCUAGAAACUCAGUUCCAGCAAAGCAUGGAUAGCACCAUGUCGGGACAGAACCGGCGGCAUUGUGGACUCGGCUUCAGUGAGUUUGAAGAAGACAAAGGAGAUCCAGAGGAUACAAGAGACUCUCUGGAGCCAGGAAGCUCAGAGGACUCAGAAAGUGGUUCUGAGUCUGAGCAAGAAGAGGCUGCAGAAUCUACUGAAAAGCACAGCGAUGCUGAAGAUCCUCAAGCUAAGAAAAAUUCAAAAAGCAACUAUAAAAUUAAAUCCAGUGGUACAUAA